UUUAUCCCACCAAACAUAGACUUUAUUCCCAUACUUUUAUGCAUUUAGUGAGAGGAUGUCCAACACACUCAGACAUGAUUUGUGCCCCCCUGAAGUUCUCUAUAUAUAUUAGCCUCUACUGUGAGAAUCGAAAUCAAAUACGUCUCAAAAACCCAGAACUCCUUUCCCUUUCUCUGUGCAGAGAACAUCCAUGGCGGCUCCAACUCCUUCUUUUACCAUGGCGCCCUGUGUCAAUCCGGUUGCUGUGGGUGGUCUCUCCAUUUUGUUGUCUGUUCUAUUUGUCAAAAAGCUCAUAUCCAAUCGAAAGAGGGCAAAUUGCAGACUCCCUCCCGCUGUUCCGGGGUUGCCAGUGAUAGGGAAUUUGUUGCAACUGACGGAGAAGAAGCCACACAAGACGUUCACGAAAUGGGCAGAGGUUUAUGGACCAAUCUAUUCCAUCAAAACCGGAGCUUCCACCGUCAUCGUUCUCAAUUCUGCUGAAGUUGCAAAAGAGGCCAUGGUGACCAGAUUUUCAUCCAUUUCUACAAGAAAGCUGUCAAGUGCACUAACAAUGCUUACCCAUGAUAAAACCAUGGUUGCUACAAGUGACUACAAUGAUUUUCACAAGAUGGUAAAACGAUAUAUUCUUGGAAAUGUUCUGGGAUCAAGUGCGCAGAGGCAACAUCGUGGCCAUAGAGACACAAUGAUGGAGAAUAUUUCUAGCAAAUUGCACGCUCAUGUGAAGAAUUUUCCUCUACAAGAUGUGAAUUUCAGGGAAAUAUUUGAGACAGAACUUUUUGGAAUUGCACUUAAAGAAGCAUUGGGCAAUGAUGUGAAUUCAAUCUAUGUGGAUGAGCUCGGAAAAACUUUGUCAAGAGAGGAGAUAUUUAACAUCUUAGUGACAGACUUUAUGGAAGGAGCGAUUGAGGUGGACUGGAGAGAUUUUUUCCCAUACUUGAAAUGGAUUCCUAAUUCGAGCUUUGAAAGGAAAAUACAGCAGACCUGUCUACACAGGGAAGUGGUGAUGAAUGCCCUUAUCAGUGAUCAGAAGAAACGAAUUGCUCUAGGAGAGGAAAAAAACUGUUUUCUUGACUACUUGUUAUCCGAAGCAAAGACCCUUAGGGAUGACCAACUCAUGAUGUUGCUUUGGGAGACAAUUAUUGAGACCUCAGAUACCACUCUGGUUACCACAGAAUGGGCAAUCUACGAGCUUGCUAAAGAUCCCGAAAGACAGGAUAAGCUCUAUCGUCAAAUCCAAGAUAUCUGUGGGUCUCAGAAGAUAUCCGAGGAACAUCUGUCGAAGCUUACAUAUCUGAAUGCUGUUUUCCAUGAGACAAUAAGGAAAUAUAGCCCGGCUCCUGUGGUCCCUCUACGAUAUGCACAUGAAGAUACAGAGUUAGGAGGGUACUACAUUCCUGCAGGAAGUGAGAUUGCUAUUAACAUCUAUGGAUGUAACAUGAACAAGAAGCAAUGGGAGGACCCUGAAGAGUGGAAUCCCGAGAGAUUUCUGAAUGGUGAGUAUGAUCCAAGCGAUUUGUACAAGACAAUGGCCUUUGGAGCAGGAAAGAGGUCAUGCGCGGGCUCUCUUCAGGCAAUGUUGAUAAGCUGCACUUCAAUAGGCAGACUAGUGCAGGAGUAUGAGUGGAGACUGAAAGAUGGCGAGGAAGCAAAUAUUGAUACUCUUGGGCUAACUACUCGCAAGCUGCAGCCGUUGCACACAAUGAUAAAGCCAAGAAAUUGAAAAGGGAAAAUCCUGACAUGCUAGCUUUGCUUUUAUUUUGACAACUUGGUACCCAUAAACUUGCAUAUCAUAUCUUAUAAUAUGCAUGGCCAGAAAACUAGAAAUAAUCUAUGGUUUAUUUUGCUGAGAGUUUGAGAUGAGAUUGUUUUUGUGCUUCUUGUGGUAUUAUUCAUGCAUGCAGCAUGUAGGAUUGUAUUUCCAACCUUGGUGAACUUAUUUCACCAAAAUAAAAUGGGGAAAGAAAGUAUUGAACAAUAGGUAGUUUUAUUGCAUUUGGAAUGCAUCCUA